AUGGCAGCGACUCGUCCUAGAAAGGCCGCGGCGGUAGAGGCGACCAAGAAAACAACAAAAACCACCGCCACUUCGAAAACCGCCAAAGCUACCACCACAACUACCACCACUACAGCUGCCAAAGCUACCAAAGCUACUACCGCCACCAAGGCCGCCAACAUCAAGGCCCGAAAUGACAAUGCUGGUGUCGCCACCGUUGCUCCUCACCCGAAAAAGGUGGUCGGCAAGCGCAAGGCUGACGACGAGGAAGAGGAUGAUGCCAAAGCCAAGGGUGUCAAGCGCGUGAAAUCAGAGGCGGCGAAGCCUGCGCCAGACUCAAAACCUGCGGAACAAAGGGCGGCCGCGCCCAAGACUGCGACGGCCCGGAAAGUCAAGCCUAAGGCAGAGAUCAAUCACGCUCCCACUGAAAAGCUGAAUGUCUAUGUUUUUGGCGAAGGUUCUUCUGGAGAACUGGGACUUGGAAGCGCCAAAGGGCAGACGGAAGUCAAGAGACCACGAUACAAUCCCAACCUGAGCCCCGACACGGUCGGAGUGGUUGCUCUGUCAGUCGGAGGGAUGCAUACUGCGGCUCUUACACAUGGCAAUCGGAUCUUGACCUGGGGUGUCAAUGACCAAGGUGCUCUGGGCCGCGACACUAACUGGGAAGGCGGUCUUCGAGACAUCGACGAAGACGCAGGCAGCGAUGACGACGAUUCUGACAGCGGCUCCGAAACCGCCGUCAACCCGAAGGAGUCAACUCCGGGCGAGGUGGACAUGUCUGGCGUUCCCGAAGGAGUGGUCUUUACUCAACUUGCCUGCACCGACAGCGCCACGUUUGCCUUGACUAGCGAGGGUGAAGUCUAUGGAUGGGGUACAUUCCGAUCGAAUGAAGGCAUCUUCGGCUUUGACCCUACGACGUUGAUCCAACUACGACCAAAAUUGAUCAAAGGUCUCAAGAACAUCAUCAAGCUCGCUGCCGGAGCCAACCAUGUCCUCGCCCUCCAGAGCAAUGGGAUCGUGCUUGGCUGGGGAUCGGGCCAGCAGAAUCAACUUGGACGACGGAUUCUGGAACGACGAGCCGCCAACAGUCUGGUGCCGAUGCCGAUCGGUCUACCCAAAAAGAUUGUCCACAUUGGAGCUGGUGCAUACAACUCGUUUGCUGUUCGUGAGAAUGGAGAUGUGCUGUCAUGGGGUCUGAACAACUUUGGUCAAACCGGUAUUCCCAAGGAGUUUGAUGAGACCGGUGCAAGCAAGAGUGCCGACGUUCACCAUCCCAUUGUCAUUGAGACUCUUCACGGCAGAGGCCAGGUCAUCUGCAUUCAAGGUGGAGCUCAUCAUACCGUUGCUGUCACGGACAAGGGCGAGCUUCUGGUAUGGGGUCGACUUGAUGGCAAUCAGUUGGGUAUCAAGGUGUCCGACCUGCCGCAGGAACAUAUCGUGCGAGAUUCUGCAGGUCAUCCUAGGAUUCUUACGGUUCCAGCGCAGAUCCCCAACAUUGACGCUGUUCACGCUGCCGCUGGGUCCGACCAUUGCAUUGCCAUUGACAGAAAGGGAAAGGCAUAUGCCUGGGGUUUCAGCACAACAUACCAGACUGGACUGGGGACUGACGAUGAUGUCGAGGUGGCCACAAUGAUUGACAACACAGCUGUGCGAGACAAGAAAUUGGUUUGGGCCGGUGCCGGUGGGCAGUUUAGCGUUCUUGCAGGGCUUCCCACUCCGGUGGUGAAUGGGGUCGACGGCGGCGCCAAUGGACACGCGUGA